UCAGCCCCCAGCCCUUCAAUGGGUGACAUUCCAGCUGAUUGCCCAGCUGUGGAGCCCCCCCGGAGUGAGUCACCCAGCCCCUCUGAGGAGGAGAGGCAUCCCUCUGAACCAGCUGCUGCCCCACAGAGCCCCAGGGUCCCCCCUCUGCUGCCAGAGGCUGCCAGUAGGAUCCCAAUGGACACAGGAAAUGAGGAACAGCCCUCAGACCAUCCAGACGGGGAGAGCUCCUCGAGCUGGGGGGAACAGCGGCUCUCACUGACUACCCCCCAGCCCGAGGGGUCCAUGGAGCAGGGGCAGGAAUUUCCUCUUCUGGAGGACACAGAGCUCCUGGACAGCAGCGUGUUCCGCUGCAAGGCCAGCCUGGGCCGCAAGCGCCAGCACCGGGCACCGUCCCUGCGCCCCACCACCGAGGGGGAGAGCUGGAUCUUCCGGGACUCCACGGAGCCCCGGCCAGCCCCAGCAGCGUCCUCCGACGAGGAGGCAGCAGAGGAGCCCCGGAGCCGGAGGAUGCGCGGCUCGUCCUCGGGCAGGGGGGUGAAGGUGCCGCUCUUUCCCGGCCUCAGUGCCUCUGCCAUCAAGGCGAAGCUGAGGGGUCGCAACCGCUCGGCUGAGGAGGGGACAUCAUCAGGGGACAGCAAGGGGACCCCUCCUAAAGACCCCCAUGUACAGCGCUCCAAGUCCUGCAAGAUCCCUGGUGUGAAACCCCCAGCCCUGCCCCCCAAGCCAGAGAAAUCCUCAGGAUCCGAGGCCUCUCCCCCCCACUGGCUGCAGGCGCUGAAGCUGAAAAGGAAGAAGCCUUGAGCAGGGCUCGCUCCGACGCUGAAGCCCGCUGUCCCUGGACCAGGGCUGUCCCCUCCCAUGGGGACAAACACACACACACACACACACACA